AAUUCAAAACAAAAAACCAUGUCGUUGGGCAAGAAGCACGUGUUGGGGUUUUCGCCCAAUGGUGGCCAACUAUUUGCCUCGGUGGACGAGCAGGGCGUCCUGCGGAUAUGGGACACGGAGACGAACACGCUGAGGCAGGAGUUUACGCCCAAUCUGCAGGUGUCCGGGCCAUGCACAGCGCUCACGUGGGUUUCGGUGUCUAGUUCCCGGCCCAAGAAGUCGCGGAAGAGCCUUCAGGGAUACGAUGAAGCCGGUGGACGGCUUCACAUUGCUCUGGGAACGCUGAAGGGAGCAGUGGUCAUGUACUCUAUGGCCGAGGGAAGUAUUGCUCGCACGCUUAGUGGCGACGGCCAUGAUGGACCAGUCACCUCGAUCGUCUACGAUAACGCUGGCCAGCUUUAUACAGUGGGCGCGGAUUGCAGGGUGCUCGUUUGGUCCUUGUCGGAGCAGAAAUCCGUCGCCGAAUGGCAGGUGGGACCGGAAAAGCCGCAGAACAUAGCUUAUCUGCAGAAAAGUCGCGCCCUGGCCGUCGGCUCACGCCAGCUGAAGGUGUACGAUAUAGAGACGAAAGAGCUGGUCGAGACCUUCACCGGCCACUCGGGCGAGAUAAACGCCAUCAGCAGCGUUGCCUGUAAGGAUGGCACUGAAUUCGUUCUGACCACCGCCAGGAUGGAGCGCGUUAUCUGCUUCUGGAAGAUCGACAAGAAGGGCAAGAACAAGGCUUCUGCGUGCACGCUACUUAUGGAAGACUUGGCCUACUGUCUGACCAGCGAAGUGCGCAACGACGGCCAGCUGCGAGUGGCCAGUGUUACCCGCAAUGGCAAUAUACACAUUUAUCUGCUGAACGCUGACAGUCUGUCGGCCGAGAAGUUUGUAAAGCCAAAGGUGUCCCUGCAAGUUGUGUCCGAUGGAGCCGAUACGGUGGAACCCAUUGUUGCAAUAGCGGCUCAUUUUGUGACCGAUUCAAAUCGCUCACACGAAAUCCUCUUUGGCUACGGCAGCCUCCAGCAGCUGCAGUUCGAACGCUUUACACCCAACUAUGGCGAGAAACUGAACGUUAUUGUACGCGCCGAUCCAAAAAAGCUCUAUGCGAGUAAGAAGGGAAAAGAGCAGCUCGGUUACCAGGCUGCCACCAAGGUCCAGAAGCCCAUAGUUAGCCAAAAAACAGUGGAGUACAACAGCGCACUACCCAUCUCCCAAAAGAAGGUUCAGAACGAAGUGCCCAUGGAGGCUCGCCUGCAACACCUGAAGAUCCAUGGAACCAAACUGAGCGACGGAAAGUUGCUGACACAGAGCAAGACGCAGCUGCUAAUGCAGGCGUUACACAGCAAGGACCAGGCGAUGAUACAAGCCGUUCUGAACACGCAGGAUACAGAGACGAUACAGCUGACGCUAGACCGGCUGCCACUCGAAUACGUGAGUCCCCUGGUGAACGAACUAUCCAACCUGCUGCAAGGCAAGCACUCCAAAGUCAGAUCCGCUCUGCGCUGGCUGCACGUUUUGGCUUCCACCCACACGAGUGUCCUGAUGUCCGAGGACAAGGAGGCGCUGCGCGAGAAACUGAGCAUUUGUCUCGGCGUGGCGGAGCAGCGAAUGAAUUGCCUGUCGGAAGCUUUACAAAUAACGGGGCGAGUAAAUCUGAUAAUCAGCCAGAUGAAGCGCAAUGCGGACAACCAUUUAAACGAUAGAAACGCCUUAAUAGUGAACGAUUACCCAGACGAGCCAAUUGAUGCUCCCGAAGAUACGCCGCUAGCUGAAAACAACUGGAGCGACCUGGAGGACCAGCAAGGCAGCUCGAAGAGUAUUUCGGACGAUGAGCUGGUGGCAGACGACGAUCUGGCGACCGACGAUCUUAACGCAGACACAGACUCCGAUGAACCAAUGGAUUAGUCAGCCUCCCCCUAGAUUAAGUUUAAAUGCAAUUCCUUGGUCGUCGUCAGUUAAACAUUAAACAAUUGUUUUCCCAACACAGUUUUCUACA